GGAAAAUCGUGUAGAGCGUUCGCUUUGUUGAAACAAUCUCCGCAAUAUUGGAACUCCAGUGUCAUAGGAAGGCUCUGAAGCAGAUAUGGAUUUGCAAAUCCCUGUGGUAGAAGAAGAGCUUGUCGAUUUUCGUCAGAAAUGGCGAGAGGAAGUGAGUGCAAAGGUCGCGGCAGCUCCGUACAGCACGACGUCCCCGGCGUCCUUGUCGGACAAAGCUUUGGAACGAACUCCAAAUGCCACACUUCAGAAAUCCGCAGCCUCUGUCGCACCACCUUUGGCGUCUUCGUCCUUCGCCGCAAUGCCUUCUGUCGCCGUUGGGAAGCUCACGCAAAGCAGCCUGGUUGAGUCGAUCUCGGAACAGGGCAAAGAGCUGCCUAGUGAAGCAGAGGAUCCAAGUUUGGAGGCCUAUCUGUUGGGAACUAAAUAUGAAAGGAUGGGGAAUUUAUCAGCAGCGUUGACCUCAUAUCGAGAUGCCGUCCGUCUGGACCCGCAUGUAGAGCAGCGCUUCCGCAAGAUGCUUUUACAACCUUCUCACCCAAUACACACCCAUCAAGAGAAAGAAUCAGACCCGAAUUCUGAAUUCUAUACGUACUAUGAUUUUCACGAACACACCCACACAACCCACAAUGAUCAUGCGAACGAGAUAACCGAUCUGGUUGAACGCUUUCAAGCUUUGGAUGUGGCGUUCAUGCCACACAUCCUGGACCGUAAAAUAACACUCGCCAAACUGCCUUCCGAAAUCGUAACUCAGAUCAUACACUGGGCGCUCCUUUUGCAUGGUCAUGACACAUUUUGCUCGCUGUCCUUGGUGUCCAGGAAAAUGCUUCUCUUAUGCCGCGAACAGUCUGUAUGGCGAUUUGUAUGCGAAAAAGUCCAUUAUCCUGGGAUGGGAUUCCGUUCUGUGGCUGAGGAAUUGCCACUGUACAAGGGCAACUGGUUCAAUAUGUGGUUAGACAGACCGAGGCUUAGAAGAGAUGGGCUGUACAUAUCCCGAGUAAACUAUGUACGAACGGGUGAAGCGCAAUCGUUUUACGCACCGGUUCAUCUGGUGACAUAUUAUCGGUACCUCCGAUUCUUCCCGCAUAAAGUUGUCUGUUGGACAACGACAGUAGAACCGGCGAAAGCCGUACAAGUGCUACUAUCGGACGAAGUGUUGCAAAAGGGUUCAAUGUCGGGCGAAUAUCUCCUUUCCUCCAAUCAUCUGUACCUACAUAUGCGGGCGCACGAUCGACCGGGAGUGUCUUUCAAGUGCAAUCUGACACUCGCCAGCAGCCGCCGAGGCAAACAUAAUAAGCUCAAAUGGGUGGAGUAUUGGCAAGAGCGGGAUAGUGACUCGUCGUAUCGGUCAGAUGUACCCACUAGAACACUUCGGACCUUUUAUUUCUCUAAAGUACGGUCAUACCCAAGAUCCCUUUUGUAGGGGAAAUUUACAGCGAUAUCUACAGUAGAUCUGUGCAAUUGCAAUUGUAUAUAUUCAUGUACCAUGUUUAUUGCUCCUCCAUCAUGAUACCUAAUUUCUCCA